AAACACGCUCAGCAUCAGUCGAAAAAAGGGUUGGCAUCCGCACGAGCCGAGUGCCCUCACAGACUGCCUGUCACACCCCUGCUUCUGUCCCAAGGAAGCCCCUGGAAAGGAGUUGUCCUGGUACCUGGGAGGGAGGAGGAAGAGGAGGAGAGGCGGGACUCGGGAAGAAGGUGAGCUGUUUCACGUGACUGAACACAAAAGGGGCGGGGUUAGGCGCCCUGGAGGCUGCCUAGUCGCCUAGCAACAGCUCAGCUAGGAAACAUGGAGCCUGUGGGUGACCGGGAGCUUCAGGCCAAGCUAUAUUUAGAAAAACAUCGGAUCAUGGAGUUGCUAAGUCAACUUACUAGCUACCUCCUCUUUGCCCGACCAAAAAAACCGAGAGAGUUUUUAAUCUCUCUUUUGGAACGUCUGAGAGUUGCCAAGAUAACACAUGUGGCAUUUCCCUACUUUAUGGACCGCUCUAACAUUGUGUCCAUGUUUGAGAUGAUGGAUACCGCCGGCAGAGGCUGCAUAACAUUUGUGCAGUAUAAAGAAGCCCUAAAAAACUUGGGUCUGUGUAAUGCAGAUGAAGUUUUGAAUGAUGAUGGACAUGUAAUCACUCUGGAUAAAUUCAGGGAUGAAGUGAACAACAGGAUGGAAAAAAUGUGGUCAAUGUUUUAAUGGCAUCGUAACUCAGGAUAAUAAAUGGUCUCACCAAG